AAGCAUUUCAUCUUUAGUUGAAAGCUCUCUCUUUGAUUUCUUCCUACAAUAGGGGAGCUUUCUUUUCCUCCACGUACAACAAGCCCUAUUUCAAGAGUGCUUUUUUCUCUCCCUCCUAUUGUCUAAGAAGAGAAGACUAACAUUCACUUCAAUUUUUAUUAGGUUCAAUAAAAACCAAACCAUGUUUUCCCUUUCAUCUAUACAAUCCAACAAUAUUAUUCAAACUCAUUCAUCUUCAUCCCUACUCUACAACAACCACCACCACGGUCAUUUUCGUCAUUCGAUCAUUUCAACUCGACCUCGACACCACUUACUUUUCUCUUUUCGUGCCCAAAAUUAUGAUGUAACCACUACCACCGCCACCAACGCCUCAAAUCCAAAUCGAAUUGAUGACAAUCAAACCAUACUUCAAGAAAUUUCUAGAUCAUCGAGUUUCUUGAAAAUCGAAGAAAAUACGUCAUCGUAUUCUCUUUCCAACUCCAACAAGCUUAAAAUAGCUAUUAUAGGCUUUGGUAACUUUGGACAAUUCAUUGCCAAGGCUUUUAUUCAACAAGGUCACAUUGUACUAGCUCAUUCUCGUACUGACUAUUCCCCCGUAGCAAAAUCCCUAAACGUCAACUUUUUCCAAGAUCCUCAUGACAUAUGUGAGCAACAUCCUGACAUCGUCGUACUCUGCACUUCCAUUAAUUCCCUCGAACGAGUCCUUCGUUCCCUUCCCAUCCAAAAGCUUAAGCGUAACACACUUUUCAUAGACGUGCUAUCCGUCAAAGAAUUUCCCAAGAACAUUUUUCUUCAAUUACUACCUCAAGAAUUUGACAUUUUAUGUACUCAUCCUAUGUUUGGUCCAACAAGUGGAAAGGACAAUUGGAAGGGGCUACCAUUUAUGUUUGACAAAGUUCGAAUUGGACAACAGGAUUCUAGGAUUCAAAGGGUCAACAAGUUCAUUAAUAUUUUCGAAAAAGAAGGUUGUAGGAUGGUGGAAAUGAGUUGUUCUGAACAUGACAAGUAUGCUGCUGGCUCACAAUUUAUUACACAUACUAUAGGCAGAGUGUUGCAAAAACUAGGACCGGAGACAACACCUAUAAAUACAAAAGGGUACGAAAAAUUGUUGAAUUUGAUGGAGAAUACAACUGCUGAUAGCUUUGAUUUGUAUUAUGGUUUGUUUGUGUAUAAUAGUAAUUCUAUGGAGGUUUUGGAGAGGUUGGAUAUGGCUUUGGAGAGUGUAAAAAUGGAAUUAUUUGGGAAAGUUCUUAAGAAGUUGGAGAAGAGAGUGGAAAAGGAAAGUAGGCUGGCUUUACCUACUCCUAUUACUAAGAAGAUUGGAACUUUGCAAGUUGAAAUGAAGAAAGAUGCUAUUUCUUGAUCCUAGCUAAAAUAGUGAUGUUUAGGAAUAUUGAAAUUCAAGUCGGUUAUUAUUUAAAAUCGUUUUCAAUCUUGUGGUUGAUUUGUUUAAUAAGAGUUGAUAUUUUGUAACUU